ACUCUCUCUUAUUUGUUUCAUAAAUUCUAUUAACGGCUUCUCUGUCUCUCUAUACGCCAAAGCUUUAUUGCUCUUUGGAUUCCGUCCCUCUCAUCUUAUAGUAUUUGCUUAAAUGGCGGGUAGAGGCAAAACCCUAGGAUCUGGCGCCGCGAAGAAGGCCACAUCGAGGAGUAGCAAGGCCGGUUUGCAGUUCCCGGUCGGUCGUAUCGCUAGGUUCUUGAAGGCCGGCAAGUAUGCCGAACGUGUUGGUGCCGGCGCCCCUGUCUAUCUUGCGGCCGUUCUCGAGUAUCUUGCCGCUGAGGUACUUGAAUUAGCUGGAAAUGCAGCCCGUGACAACAAGAAGACUCGAAUUGUUCCACGACACAUCCAAUUAGCAGUGAGGAAUGACGAGGAACUAAGCAAGCUUCUUGGUGAUGUUACUAUUGCUAAUGGAGGUGUGAUGCCAAAUAUCCACAACCUUCUUCUGCCAAAGAAGACUGGUACCUCAGGCUCGAAGGCCUCUGCUGAUGAUGAUUCUUAAAUUCAACAAGAAAGGGUUCAAAAGGAAAUAUUCUUAGAAAGUCUUUGCGUUAAUGUGAUACCACUAUGUUUGUUCAGUAGAUUUUUAUGUUAGGAGUUUGGUUCUUUUUAUGCUUGUGAAGUAGUUUCUGUUAGAGAGUUAGGUUUUUAAGUUAGGCGAUUGUGAAUAUAAUCGAUUAUCUUGUAGUUGCUUAAAUAGGAAUGAUUUGUGGAAAGAUUUUUUUUUCCAUAAUGAUAAUGGAUGCAAGAUUUGAGUAUCACUUAAUACU